AUGUCAUGUUUCAGACUGAACCACCUCCAACGUGACGCUCCAGUGAGUCAGGAUCUCUCAUUCAAAGCACCGACGUGCACACUUGGGCUGACAAAAACUAUGUGCACGCACUGCCCUGAGGAAUCAGCACAGACAUGUGUGUCUCUGAGUAGACGAGACCGGCACUGUCCGGUCUGCCUGCAGACGGCCAAAUUCCCAGUCCAGACCAACUGCGGCCAUUUAUUCUGUGCUUCCUGCCUGCUCACCUACUGGAAACACGGCUCAUGGUUAGAUGCCAUCAGCUGUCCUCUCUGCAGACAAAAGGUCAGUGUGCUGUGUAACCUGUUCACAGAGAGUCAGUUAGACCAGCAGUCGAACAAAGUUCUUGGGGAAAUCACAGAUUACAACAAACGCUACUCUGGAGCCCCAAGAAGGGUAACGGACUACCUGUGUGACGCCCCUCUCCUCCUACAGUUAAUGGCUCGUGGCCUGGGCACCAUGGGGGGUCUCGUGUGGCUGUUUCUCUUCAGGGUGGCCUUGUGCUGUGUGGGGACGGUGGUGUCCACCUCCUCUUCACCUGUAGACACUUUGUCUCCAUCAGAGAACCCCCUGGAAACAGACUUUGCACUUUGCGGACUGUUGGGGGCCCUGGACGACCUGGUGGUGGUGGUUCUGCUGCUCAUCUGUGUUCUUAACACCAACCAGCAAAUGGAACCAGAGAGAGGAACCUCUCCAACUUCACAGGGACUGAUGGGGAGCUCAAUGUAGGUGGAGGAAACAACUACCUGAAACUGACUUUGAUUGUGUUUCUGUUUAUUAUAAGUUGGAUUAGUCAGAGAGGGAAUGUUGAUAUUUGUACAG